AUGUACUCCUCCCUCGUCCGCCUCCAAAACACCUUCGGCUUCUUCACCACCGUCGCCUUCGUCGUCGCCCUCCUAAUCUCCGCCUCCGACUUCCUGUCCCCCCGCACCCCCACCGUCAACGUCCUCAAAACAACCCAGCUCCAAACGGUGAAAGGCCGUGCGGAUUACUACUCGUCCAAAAAGGAAGAAUACGCCAUCAUCAAAUUCACCCUUGACGCCGACCUCUCCUCCCUCUUCACCUGGAACACAAAGCAAGUCUUUGCCUACGUCACGGCCGAGUGGCCCUCGGCCCAAAACAACAAUGCGACCAACCAGGCCGUGAUCUGGGACACGAUCAUCACGGCGCCGAGCAGUGACCAUUUGGGGAAUUUUAGCCCCUCGAAGCUUAAGAGGUUGAGGAAGAGCGCCAAUGGGAAGGGGAUUGAUCCUAGCCGCGGCAAACUCCAACUCAAGAACCAGCGCCUCAAGUACCCCCUCACCCACCCGACAGGCAGGCUCGCCAACACAGAAGACGUCCAGCUCAAGCUUCACUACAACGUCCAGCCCUGGGUUGGUUUCCUGUCAUGGAACCAGGCCCAGGACUGGGGCAAGUGGAAGGCGCUGAAGAAUGGGCUGAGCAAGAAGUUUACGCUCCCAGCUAUCAAGGUGAAGGAGCAGGCCAAGAAGAAGACCACAAGGGCUUAG